UGCACAUCUGCAGAAGGCGCUACAUCAAUGCAGGUUGAUUGUCAGUUGUGAAAGGAAAGUGACUCCCACUGCCCGCAGAGCAGCAGCAACAACCUCGGGUGGGUCCUUCCCCCGGGCUGCACAGGGACACUAGGCCCCAAACCCUCGCCCAUGGCAACCGGGCGGAAGUGACCGAUCCGUCCGCGGGUCCGUGACGUCACGCUUCCGUAAUUUCCGGCAGGUCAGGGCGGAGCGGCUGACUGACGCGCCGUCGCCGUGAACGGAGCGGCCCCGGGGCGGGCGGGCGGUAGCAGCAGCGGUCGGUCGGUGGAAAUUGAUCUAUUAAAUUUCACACUUGGCGAAACUCCAACAUUGACGAGAUGGCAGCAAACAAGACCAAAGGCCAAAAUUCCUUGGCACUCCACAAAGUUAUUAUGGUUGGCAGUGGUGGUGUGGGAAAAUCUGCCCUAACACUGCAAUUCAUGUAUGAUGAGUUCGUUGAAGAUUAUGAGCCUACGAAAGCAGACAGUUACCGGAAGAAAGUGGUGCUGGAUGGUGAAGAAGUCCAGAUAGACAUCCUGGAUACUGCAGGCCAAGAAGACUAUGCUGCAAUCAGGGAUAAUUAUUUUCGCAGUGGGGAGGGCUUCCUCUGUGUCUUCUCCAUCACUGAGCAAGAAUCUUUUGCAGCUACUGCUGACUUCAGGGAGCAGAUUCUCAGGGUAAAGGAGGAUGAGAAUGUUCCCUUUCUGCUGGUUGGCAAUAAAUCAGAUUUGGAAGACAAACGACAAGUGUCCGUGGAUGAGGCAAAGAGCAGAGCUGAACAAUGGAGUGUGAAUUACGUAGAAACAUCUGCAAAAACAAGAGCAAAUGUUGAUAAGGUUUUCUUUGACUUGAUGAGGGAAAUAAGAGCAAGAAAAAUGGAAGAUAGUAAGGAGAAGAAUGGAAAGAAGAAAAGGAAAAGCAUAGCUAAAAGAAUCCGGGAAAGAUGCUGCAUUUUAUAAACUUGGUAGACUUAAACUAUUUUAGAAGUCCAAGCAUACUAAGUAUCUCAUUUCAUUUGCUGUUCCUUCAGAGUGAUUGAAGGUACACUAAUGUCUUACAUAUUCAGAUUUCAGAAAGCAUAAAUUGGAGCCCACUUUACAACAAACGAUUAAGAGGUUUAAUGUCAAUCCAAAGUGCUUUUGUGCUGUGUCACUUGGUAUCUGGGCUUGGGGUUAUAUCCUUUUAUUACAAGUACUGUUGGAAGAUUUUCUUGGGAAGGUUAAUCAGUUCAGUCAUUUAAAUUACAAAAUGAAGAGGUAACUUAUUUUUCUUGCAAGGCAAUGCAUUUUGUUAAAUCGUCCAAACUGUUUUUUUUGCAGAUCCUGUGUAAUAUUUCUUUUAUUUCCUUAGUACAACUAAUUUAGGUGCUGAUAUCUGGGAGAGGAAUAUUUGGUAUUAAGUGAAACUUGCUCUUACCAAAUUUUUUUUAAAAAAUACUGCCUCCCUGCAAAUUCAGUUAUUAAAGCAGGUUUUUCACCUUUGAAUUUUUUUAAAUCAAAUACACUUGCUGUUUACAUUUAUAUCAAGAGUGAUCUUAAAUUGUUGUGAGCUGAGACAAAACUUGGUGCAUAGUAGUUUGGAAGCUUCACUAGGGAUUAAGCAGGGGAAACUGUGAAACAGUAAAGUGAUUCUCAAAGAAGAUUUAGUUGGGUUAUUGGCAGCUUACCUUUGGACAUUUUGCGUUGUUUUGACCUUUAUGAAUGUGCUGGUAACCAUUAAGGCUAUUAAUCUGGAGCUGUGUGUUUCUGAUGAUGCAGGUUAGACACCAAAAUUAUGCUACUUUUAGAGUGCACAUGUUUUUUUAAAAUCUUUUUGUCACUUGUCACAUUGAAGUUAAUAGGAAACAUUUGCACAUACAUGUUUUACCUUUGUUUUCUUUCACAGUAUUCUACACCAAUUUCUUGUGAGAUGUCAGUAGCUCAUGGAAAUUUUAAAUCAUUGGGCCUCAAUAACAAAAUAAAUUACCCCUUUUUCAAGUCUUAAUGACCUAAUAAAAGUACAAGAGCACUUGCUAUUGAAUUCUACAACUUUGUUAGUGGGUCAGUUGAAGAAAAACAGGUAUUCUCGUGUUUUUUAAGAAGUUUCACAUGGCUAAGUAUUGUGUUCCCGAAAGAGUCUACAUUUUUUUGCUUUGAGCAAAUUGGAGAUCUGAUUUCAUUAUUGUGCUUUGAUGUCGAGAUUGAAAAUUGAGAACUGUUUUAUAAAUGCCUGAGCUUAAAUUAUGAUCGGUUUUUAAACUGCAAAUAAUUUAUUACAUUUCCACCAGUGAAUUGAUUUGCUUUUCUUUGGGUUACCAAUGGAGCUUGAUCAUACUAAAUUUUAGUUUAGUGAGCAGCUUAUUAUAUGGGCUCUCGAAGUUUUGUAUUUGCUUUGAUAACUCGUACAAGGUAGACUCUCAGCUAUUUUAACUUAACCUGCCUAUCCGGAAAUCCACAGAACCAGACGAACAGCUGGUUUUUCAGUGCUACAUGUGAAGACAUUUAAGAGUAUUAUUUGAUUGGGUGUGAAAUCCUGUCUUUCAUUAUGUGCAUUUCCUAUUUGGCAGGUUGGGUUAAAGUGAAUCUCCAUAUAAAUUUGAGAAAACCUGGAGGUAUGCUCUCGCACAGCAUGGGAAUGUUAUGAUGAUUUUCAGUAAGCACGAGUUACUGGGUUUGCUCAAGUCUCAGGUCAACAAACUGGGACUCCUGUUUUGUGUUAUCUAACUUGCUAGAAUUGCAUGUAAACGGAUUUCACUAUGUCAUAUCAAAGUAAUCAUAAUGGAACUUUGAAGCAAAGUUUGUUUUUUCAAAUGAUUCACUAAUGCACCAUAUAUAUAAUCAAGCUGGGCUGUACUAUAGCAAAGCAGUGUAAAACUUGUAAAUAGAAACUUAUCUGAAUAUGCCUUAAAUUAAAAUUUUUUACAGGUUACAUCCAUCAGGAAUGUGGCAAAUGAAUUAUGCAGGUAAAAACUGCUUUAGAAAAGCUUAUCAACCCUGUAAAAUAGUGCCAUACUUUUGGGUCUGCUGGCCUAGAACACAAUACCAUCUUCAGAAUUAUGCAUUUUAGUUCAAAGAGUAGUUACAUGUUUCUUGUGAAAAUAUAUUUUGUCCGUAUUACAGUCCUUAGUCUUGCAGAGAAGUUGAUGGAGAAAGUAGAAUGAUGUUUGGUUGGGAAGCUCAUCCCACAUCCAUUCCAAUUUGUUCACUUUCUAUUGGCAGAGGUUAAGACAAAAUUUAACAAAACUGCAGAUGAAUUAUUUAAAGUUCAACUAGGAACGUGAGGACAUUGUCACUAAAUCUGGAGUGCUGAGAAUCUAGAAUGUAUCAUCAAUUAAAUAUCAUUUUGUGUUUUAGAUGUACCGUUUGCCUUUGUCACAUGUAUAUUCAACUUGUGUUUUUCAAUCUUGGGUUUAUUUGCACUGUAUAGAAUUGAGGGAGUUGUUGGAAAAUAUAUAAACCUUGUUUAGACAUUAGUUUGGACCCUUUUUUCUACUUUUUGUGUGCAUUGCAUAGCUGUGAAAUUUGUAUGGCAGUGUGAAUUUUAAAGUGUAAGUGAAUCUAACCACUAACAUGAGGCUCACAGUAAAUGUGAAGCUUGGGUAUUAUGGUGUUAUGAAGCUGAAAAAACACAAUUAAGUGUUAAAGGCUGAUGCCCUUGCCCUAAGAAAAUUUUAAUUGUAUGUUAAACCACCAGAAAUAAAAUGUUUUUACAGCA